UCCCCAGGUGGCGGCUUACGACCACUCUGUCCACGUGCAGCCACUUUCCCCGCUGCCCCGCCCCGCGAGGGGAGAGCGAGCGAGGGAGCUCGCUUUAACUCUUUCCGCGCCGGGGCUGGCGGCUCGCCCGAGUCUAAGCUGCGCGCUUCCCGGAGGGAGCGGUACGCCGCUUCCAGCUUGGCGUGCAGCCGAUGGAAGGCGCUCCUUCUCGGGCCCCCGCAGCGCUCUUUGUCCGGGGGAAGCUGGCAAUGUGGUUGCCGCUGCUCCUGCCACUGCUUUUCUUCUGGCCCCGGCUCUUGGGAUCCGUCGCAGCCGGGCAGCGCCACCUGGAACCGGACGGAGGGGAUUCGGGAGCCGCCAGCGGCGGAGGCUCGGGGAUGCCCGCAGUUGAAGUGAACUUGCUGGACAUAGUGGCCUCCCAUAGUGAGGACUCUGGGAAUUUUUCAUUUGGGUACGACGAAGCCAAUUGCAGCAUCCUGGAGGUCGGCCAAUAUGCUACACUCAGCAUCCCUGCUGUGGAAGCCUUUGGAGAGAACUUUGCAGAUGAGCUGAGCCUGUUGCUGAUGCUCAGGUACUCUCUGAAGGAGGACACCAGCCUCCUGACGAUCAUCGGCCUUCGCAGAAACAUCCUCUUUCAGAUCAGGAUUAGCCCUUACACCUUGGUGUUUGUCGCCAGCAGGGGGCGCCAUUAUGAGUUCCCCGUCUCCUCCCUGGGGGACGGGCACUGGCACAGGGUUGCUCUUGGCCUCUCCUCGGAGAGAUUGGCUCUGUAUGUGGACUGUCAGCUGGUGGAGAGCGUCAGCUGGUCUGGCUUCUUUGGCAUGGGAGAGGCCGCAGAGAGCCUAGUGGUUAUUGGAGGUCUCGUUGAGCCUUUGGAGGUUCCCUUUGAGGGUGCUCUGCAGCAACUGAGCUUCUGGAUGGGAGACGCUGGCAUUGCAGACGAAUACUGUCAAACCUCUUCCAGCCCCUGUGGCAGCCCUCUGGACAAGGAAGCUCGCUGCGACAGAUCCCACUUCUGGGAGAAGUUUCCCCAAGCCUGGACUCAGGGCUCGGAGUUUGCAGCUUCAGAUGCGGGUUUGAAGUCUCCCAUGCUAGAGCAGGAUCCUCCAAAGAGCCUAAAUAAGUUUCCCAGUAGAAGCUCUACAGAGUCAAACAUGGCUUCCAAACGAUCAAAGGAGGACAGAGAAGAGGAGGAGAACUUCAUUUUCAGAGACGAACCCCCAGGCUCCACUUACAAUAAAAUGGAUCUCCACGUGGCUGAUGACAAUCGUAUCCUUUCUGGAAUGCUUUCCAAAGUAAGUCGAGUGGGUGACAAGAAAGCAGAUAUCUCGAGAGUCUUGGAUGAUAACGCUAAGGAAAAGCUCAAGGGAGAUGUUGAGUCUUGGGAGCAGCUCUCAGCCACCAUCGUAGACCUCGACAGCCCUUCCACCUUCUCAGAAAUCCCUGAGGAGGGGAGCAAAUUGCCUGAAAAUAAGCCUAGAGCCUCCCUCCCCAACUCCCAUGAGAAGGCUGCAUCGUUUGCUGAUAGGGGUCUUGAAAUGGAUCUUUCCAGAGCUUCUGGAGCCACUAAUGGUGCUGUGAAACCACUACAGACAGUCCUGAAGGCUUUCUCUGGAAACAUCAAGGGAGAUGCCCAUAGACAAAGGACUUGGAGCCGACCUAAAGGAGUCCCUGUUCAGAACUCCGGUCCCACCCACUCCUUGCAGUUGACGGAGAUGCAAAAGAUCCGCCAUAAACCAGGACCCCCUGGGCUACCAGGGCCACCAGGUUUGCCGGGCUGUCCAGGGAAACGUGGAGCCAUGGGACCCAAAGGAGACAAGGGAUACCCCGGUGGAAUUGGACGAACAGGCCCUACCGGCGACCCGGGACAUUCCGGAGUCCCUGGAGUCCCAACAGUUGUUCUCUGGAGGAACACUAAGGAAGAUUGGCUGUCAUUCACUCAAACCUCAUUUUAUCAGCUUCUUCAUGCAGGCUGGCCGAGGCAGCCAGGGUCUCCUGGACCAGCCGGUCCACCAGGAAAGCCCGGAUUGCCUGGUCCUCCCGGAUUUCCAGGGGAGCCAGGUGAAAAAGGAUGGAAGGGUAACCAGGGUGAACCUGGCCCACUGGGCCUUCCAGGGCAUGCUGGGUUUCCUGGUUCAGACGGAUUUCCAGGCACAGAUCAAAAGCCCGGACAACCUGGUAUCCAAGGUGAACAGGGCCCACAAGGCUUUAGGGGAGAGAGGGGACCUGCUGGAGAAAGAGGAGAUGAGGGCGUUCUGGGAGAUCCUGGACCUCCUGGUGAAAAAGGAAAAAAAGGAGCAAAGGGUGUCAAAGGAGAGUGCGGGCCUGCUGGGCCUGUCGGGGUCCAGGGUGUGAUGGGUCAUCGAGGUCCUCCUGGUUUUCAGGGGUUCCCCGGGCCAGUGGGAGAGGCCGGCUUCAUGGGCCGUUGGGGACCUGCAGGACCUAUGGGUGAGCCGGGGCAACCAGGGCUGGCUGGAUUGCAAGGAGUGAAUGGCUCCCAGGGAGAAAUGGGCCCUUCAGGCUUGCUGGGACGGCCGGGACCUCAGGGACCACAAGGCUUGGAAGGGAGGCGUGGACCCACAGGUGUCAGGGGAUUACAGGGCCCCCUUGGGAGAGAAGGACCCCCUGGAGUCAAAGGAGACCCACAGGGAGAAGGUGGCCCUUCGGGUCUAAGAGGAGCACAUGGGCAAGCUGGCCUAAUGGGGCUGACCGGGAUGCCAGGGCCGGAAGGACCCCCGGGGGACCAAGGGAGCAAAGGACCAGCUGGAAUAAAAGGGAAUGCAGGAACCACAGGCGACCAGGGUACUGUUGGACUCCAAGGGACCACAGGACAGCCAGGAAUUCGAGGCGUCCCAGGGUUUCAGGGCUUUCCUGGGCCCAAAGGCCUUGCUGGAUUUCAAGGAGCUGAAGGAGAGGAAGGACAGGUUGGACCCCCUGGGCAAAAUGGCACGGAAGGGCCGAAGGGCAGUCGUGGUCCAGAUGGUGCAAAAGGAAGGCCUGGACCACGAGGCAACCAGGGCCGGAUAGGCCAGCGUGGGCUCAUUGGAAUGCCAGGACCCCCAGGCUUACGAGGCAUUCCUGGAAUCGAUGGUUCAGAAGGAAAGCCGGGUACACAGGGUCUUGCUGGCGCUGCAGGGAGCUCUGGCCGACGUGGUCUGGUGGGCAUCGUGGGUUUUCAAGGUGACCGGGGACAUGACGGUCCUUCUGGAUCAACGGGCUUUCCCGGCAAAACAGGAAUCAACGGAGACCCAGCUUCGCCGGGGCUGAGGGGUCUUCCUGGCGAACUUGGGCUGGAGGGGCUGCAAGGGCUUGUUGGUAUCAAUGGCUAUCCAGGAUCAGUUGGCGACAGAGGAACGCCAGGACCCACAGGCAGAAAGGGAGACCCUGGAAUCCGAGGGCUCACAGGAUUCUCAGGAAAACCUGGCUCAAAAGGUCCAUCGGGGCCACCCGGCAUGAAAGGUCUUCCUGGCCCACAGGGCAGAAUAGGAGAUUUAGGUCCCAGAGGACUUCCAGGACCCUUGGGGCUGCCUGGUAUACAUGGACAAAAUGGCAUCCCAGGAAAGCCAGGACCAGUGGGAGAAGUGGGGCCGCUUGGCCCAGUGGGAGCUACUGGUCCAGCAGGAUGCCUGGGAAAAGAUGGACCUGCUGGUCUUGUGGGCCCCUUUGGAGAGAGAGGAGAAAAGGGUACAGCACAUCGUCCAGGCACAGCUGGCGUCAGUGGGCUGGAUGGAGAACAGGGUGCCCCAGGUCUACCUGGAGGGGAAGGCCAACGUGGGUCAAAAGGGGGACAGGGUGACAGAGGAGCCCCAGGGGACCCAGGCGUUCAAGGAGACCUGGGGGAGACGGGAGAGGAGGGCCCCCCAGGGCAGCCCGGUGCAUACGGAGAGCUGGGGAAAGAGGGUGACAAUGGGGACCCUGGAGAUCCUGGUGAGCCCGGGCCAAAGGGAGAGAAGGGCAACAUUGGCAACGGAGGACCUUUGGGGCUUCUAGGGCUACGCGGCACUAUGGGGCGAGUUGGCAGAAAGGGCCACAGAGGAGAAAAGGGGCAAGAAGGUUUCUUGGGCCAAGCAGGCAUGGCUGGAAUAGCAGGACCCGAAGGAGCCAGAGGAUCACAGGGUGAAACUGGAGUCCGGGGACCUCCUGGACUGGAUGGUCCCGAAGGGAUGAAGGGAAAUCCAGGACCUCAUGGUGUGAUUGGACCAAGUGGUGCUACUGGGAUGAUGGGCUUCCCAGGAGAAGCUGGGAGGAAAGGAGACCAGGGCAAGCCAGGCCCUUCUGGUACAGCGGGCCCUGUGGGUACCAAGGGAGUUCAAGGUCUCCGGAGUUUUGAUGGCCCUGAAGGAUCAAAGGGAGACGCAGGCAAGAAAGGAGAGGCUGGCCAGCAGGGUGAUUCUGGGGGCCCUGGUCAAACCGGUGAGCCAGGGCUAGCUGGUAUUGAGGGCUCCCUGGGCAAGAAAGGAGAUCCAGGAUCACCAGGGGAAUCAGGCCAACAGGGACCUCAAGGCCUGCCAGGUAUGGAUGGUCAGAAAGGACGUAAAGGAGAAAAGGGGCAGUCUGGGCGUGCUGGGAGUCUAGGAUUCCCUGGCAAUCCAGGCAGAAGGGGCAAGCGUGGCAAAGCUGGACCCAGGCCCCCAAGAGGCUUCAAAGGCCCCAAGGGCCCUCCGGGUGAACAAGGCCUCAAGGGACCCCUGGGACCCCAGGGCCCUUAUGGGGUUCCUGGACUCAGAGGGGUGAAGGGAGCCAAGGGGCUCACAGGAGAAAAGGGUGACAAAGGCCACAUGGGGUCCCUUGGUCCGCAAGGGGAUAAUGGUUUUCAGGGCAAGCAAGGUCCUGUGGGUAUUCCUGGGAAGCCAGGACCAAAAGGAGAACAGGGUGGUGUUGGCUCACAUGGCUCGGAGGGAUCUGUGGGGCGCCCUGGCAUUCCCGGCUUACCCGGACAAAAAGGCCUCAAAGGCUUGCAAGGUGUCCCGGGACCAAAAGGCGAGCAAGGCCUGCCUGGCCCACCUGGUGUUCCUGGACCCCAGGGUGCGUCACUGAAUAUCUCCAGAGAAGAACUGAAGCGCCUGAUUUAUUCAGCAAACAAGCUGAACUCCGCCAUGGUGUGGACCUUCAUGGACAGCUUGGAACGAGAACUGAUGCUCCUGGUGGGCCUCCCAAAUGGCACCAGAGACCACCCGGCUGCCACUUGCAAAGAACUUUUGCUGGCUCAACCCCACCUGCCAGACGGAUAUUAUUACAUCGAUCCCAACCAAGGCAGCCCCCAAGACGCUUUGGUGGCAUUCUGCAACUUCACAGCAGGGGGAGAGACCUGUAUUUUUCCUGUGCAAAAUCAGGUCCCCAUCAAGGCCUGGCUGAGGGCAUAUGUGUCAGAAGGCACCUUCCAGUGGUUCAGUUCUUUGCCCGGUGGAUUCUUGCUGGAGUACCAGGGUACAAGCACCGUCCAGCUCCGCUUCUUGAAACUUCAUAGCAGCCAGGCCACCCAGAAGGUAUCCUAUUCCUGCAGACCCCAUCCAGAUGGAGGCAAGCUGCAACUGGAAAAGGAAAUCAAGUUCCUUGCUGACUCCCAGGAGCAGAGCUACAUAGCUGUCCUUCAAGGAUGCACAUUGGACAAUGAAUCUUUCAUCAUCGACACCAUCUUCCAUUUCUCCACGGAGGACCUUACCCUUUUGCCUCUGCGCGACCUGGCUGUGUUUCACAAUGGCGAUGCCUCUCAUCAGUUUGGGUUCACAGUUGGGCCUGUUUGCUUCAGCUAAGAUCGCCUUUCAACCAAUGAGUGAAUUUUUCCUCUUGGGGAAAUAAAACUUCAGAGAAAAGAUAGACCCUGAGAGACCCUGUACAGAUCCAGCUGGCUCUCAAAAGCCACUGUUGCUAUUUAUGAGUUCCUUGGAGCCACCAGCUGUCACUGGACAUGUCAGUGGGGCAGUGGAUUCCGCUCCAGGUUUUAGUCCGAACUUUCAAGGAGCUGGGCAAGCUGAAGCACCUUCUAGAAAGUUCGGACUAAAACCUGGAGCAGAUUCCACUGCUCCACUGACAUGGAACCACCCGCUGCCACAAUCCUUGUCUAAACUUACCUUUGGUCACAAACCGCUCUUCUUUCUGAAGGGCGUUGUUUUAAGUCCUGUUUCUCUGAAUACAGUAUAUAUGUAUAAAAGGUGUUAAUUUAAGUCACAAUGGAGAAGUUACUGACUUCCUUUGAGGAGCGUUGCCUCCUCUUCUUAUGGUCUGUAUAUAGAACAGCCACAUAAUCCAGGUGGAUUUCCACCAGUGAUGAGAAAAGGUUGUCCUGUUCAGCCCAAUCUAUAGCUAUUAAAGAUACUGUGCCUUAAGAAACACCCUAACCCUUAAUUAUGUUGGAAAAAUGCAGCCAAUUAUUCCUUUUCAGUUUUCGUUCCAUAACAAUCAAACAGUUGCGCUCCACAUAAAUUUAAUCUGAACUCUACCUCCGCCGCCACCCUCACAAUAAAAUACAACACAAUUAAAAAAAAAUCCUGGCACCUCUGUAAACAUAGAUUAGCAUCCCUUUUUCACCUCUAAGGGCUGAACUAGAAGUUUACUGUCGUUAGGGAGGAGGGAGGAAUUUUGUUCAGUUCAAAGGUGAACCUACCUAAUUCACGUUUUCCAAAACAAUACGAGAAACCAAAAUGCAGGCAUCCUCCAAAGGUUGCACCGCUCUGAGUUCUCCAGACAAACCGUGUCUACCAAAAUGCAUGUACAUAAAAUGCAUUGUAUUAAGGAAAAUUGCUUUGCAAAAAUGUGUACACAGGCAACAUUCACAUCCAAAUCCGGAUGAAUUUUCAGCAGGACUUUUUUAAAAAAAAAUUCCACAAACCGAUGAGGAGAACAGAACUUAAGAUUGGAGAAAUGGGAAGGUGAAACUGAUAGAUUUGCUUGGCCCUAGCCAGCACUGCCCAAAUUAGUGGAUUCUUGGGGAGGGGCAGAGAAAUAUGCAUUAACGUGCACGCUUUUGUUAAGUAAACAGCAACUACGGGGGGACUUCAAGACCAUGGAGGAUGGGGGGGGAGUUUUAACUCUUUCUCGCCCUGCACAAGAGAAAUCCCGGCUCCAAAGCUGCUAUUUGAAUUUCAAGGACACAUCCAUCUUCUCAGCUGUUAUAUACAUAAGGAAAGCAUGCAUGUUCGCACAAUUUACAUUCCAUCUCGUAGGGAUGGAAGGAUCUGUCCGUUUUGCUUCUCUCUCUUGCUCAUUUUUCCAAUCUUAAAUUCGGUUCUCCACAUUUCUGCAGCAAUCUGUGAUUUUUUUUUUUUUUUUUUAAAAAUGCUCAUGAAAAGUCAUCAGCAUUUUAAAGUGAAUUUCUCCUAAUUCUGGACAUUUCUGUAUGCAGUUUUGAUUAAUGUGCAUAUUUUUGUAAGCAAUUUCUCUAAGUACGACACAUUGUUGUCUAUUUUCACUAAUAUAUUCAUUUUUAUGCACACUUUAUCAUAAUGUAUGCAUUUUUUUUUUAAAAAAGCAUUGAUUAGAGAACUACAGCACAAAAAGUGUGAAUUUGAUAGAUUCAGCUUUAAAUGUGAACUCAGCAGAAUUUCGCCCCCAUAAGGGGUGAGAGACCUUUUUUGGCCCAAGUGCCACAUUUGCCCUUCAACAAGCCUCCGAGGUGGUGCCAGUGGUGAAUGUGGCCAAAAAUGGAUGGGCCCACCCACUCGCUAUUAUAAAAUAUUUAUUAGCCCCUUGAAUGUUUCAAUCUCGGAGGAGGAACAAUGAAAUGAAAUUUUUUUAAAAAAAAUACAGGAAAAGGUAAUUUACCCAAAUUACAGAAUCAUCAAAACAAGUCCAAUAAAUAGCACAAUCAAAUGAACAACUCCCUAAUAAAAACAACUGAACUAAACUGCAGUGAAGACAACCAUUGGAAUUUCCAAUUGAACCAGAUAGCUGGGUAAAGAAAACAGGACAUCUAACCAGCUAAAACAAGCAAAUGCCCUUAGCAACACGUCCCACCCAAUCUCUCACCUGGGAGAGUGCACUCUUAACAUGCACCCAAGCUGGAGGUUCCCCUUCUCUGGUGGUAACCAACUUUCAAAGUGCCGCACUUGGUGCAGGAUCCCAGGGGUCUGGGGUCUUGUUUUAACGUCUGGGUAACCGAGGCAUGUUUUCCUGCCCUGUCAACAGACAAAAAAGCAAAGACUGGUUCGCCGGCUGCCUUAUUUUGCCCUUCUGAAACAAAAGCAUCCAAGUUCUUCAUCCCCAUCACCAGGAAAUGGUAUGGGACCAGGGAGGGCAAUUUUGGAGAUGAUUGGAAUGUUAAAAUUUGAACCGUGCCUUACUGUGGCUUGUGAGCAUCAGUGUGUGGAUGCAGGGGAGCAAUCAAUUCCAGUUCCUUUUGCAAAGGGGCAUAGAACUCAUUGAUCGUGACUUAAGUGUUUGCAGUUCUGGGUCGGCACAAAAGGGGAAAUGUAUCACCAAAACGAGAGGACAAAGAAAAACCUGCAUGUGCUAAUUUAUAUGGAUAGAUUCCAAUUUAGAAAUAAUGCCUAUAAUUAGAAACAACAAUGCAUAGUGGUUGAUGUGCCUGCUCAGUCUGCUGUCUAGAUGCUAGCAGUUGUCAGGCAUCUCUAAGGGCUAGCCCUUUUGAUGGCUCUUUUAAACUUCAUUUGGGAUCAAAUAAACGACUGUUCUCUGCAAAGU